ACUAAUUACCUUAAUGUUAACUAAAUGAGUCAUCAGUUUGAGAUCAAAAUAUAGCUUCUGUUAUUUUCUAGAAAUGAACUAAGAAAUGAAAGCUGUGCUUUUCAGAAACAUGUAUUUUUCUUCCUCUAGGAUUAUGUUGAUAGUGCUCCAUUUUCAAGUGGUUAAAAUGUUUUCAGACUAUACUCUAGCUCCCUUCAAUAGUCAGAGUAUCAAGAUUAGUGGUCAUUUUACUGUCUGUCAUCUAGUCUGGACAAGAGGUGACCCUAGCAAUAGGAGGAAGGAUAAAAAUUGACACAAUUUAGUGCCUACAAAAUCAGAAAAUAUCUGAGAUUCUCUUUCUUGGUCUAAAUAAGAACAGGCAGGCAACAAGAACACCUUGGGAGGCUCUAGAGAGGAGAGUGUCCCUUCUUUCACACAGUAUAUGAACUGAACUGUGCAGUUUGUUCCCAGAAGAAUGUUUGAAUACGUACAAACUUUUUUCAAUGCAAACUGUUUAGCCAGGUUCCUCUGGAUAUUUCUGUGAGUAUUUAAACCCAAAGAUUCUACCUCCAGCUGACGGGUCCCUAAACCACAAGUACUUUAGGGCUCAAAGAACAUCUGGAGGAAGGCUUGGGGUAUGGCUUUUUGCACUUAUGCUUUCCUCCUCUCUUCCUGGAGCGUGGGCUGGAUGGUGUUCAGUCUGAUGUGAAAUGGUCAUUCUCAAGUGGAAAAUACAAACAAAUAUUUUGUUAAGCAAUGGGCAUUAAACUAGUGUUGUAUGACCUUUAGCUAUUCCUAAAAUUUAUAAGUACAAUUCAUUCCCUUUUGUCUCUAGAGUAAAUUCAUGCAGCCUUAAUUUUCAGAUACUCAUUCUGAAAGUGAUUUUUCCUUUAAGGCUAUUUGUGUUGAAUUGUUUCCAGGUUGAUUAGUUUUGUGGGUGACACUAAUUUCUCUAUUUAUCCUUCUUCUACAUCAACUUUUGAGACCUUUGCACAGAACUGCAGAAACAUUGAACACUUAAAUCUGAAUGGGUGCACAAAAAUCACUGACAGUGUGUCUGCUGUUUUGCAGCACGUGCUACAGUCUUAGCAGAUUCUGUUCCAAGCUGAAACAUCUGGAUCUGACAUCCUGCGUAGCCAUCACAAACAGUUCUUUAAAAGGCUUAAGUGAGGGUUGCAGAAAUCUGGAACAUUUGAAUCUUUCCUGGUGUGAUCAGAUUACGAAGGAUGGUAUUGAAGCACUGGUGAAAGGGUGUAGUGGACUAAAAGCUCUAUUUCUUAGAGGUUGCACACAGUUAGAAGAUGAAGCAUUGAAACACAUUCAAAAUCACUGUCAUGAGCUUGUAAUCCUGAAUUUGCAAUCGUGUACACAAAUUUCAGAUGAAGGCAUUGUGAAAAUAUGUAGAGGAUGCCAUAGACUGCAGUCACUCUGUGUUUCAGGCUGUAGCAACCUGACAGAUGCUUCUCUCACAGCACUUGGUCUGAACUGUCCAAGGCUGAAGAUUUUGGAAGCUGCAAGAUGUUCACACCUCACAGAUGCUGGGUUUACCCUUCUAGCACGGAAUUGCCAUGAGCUGGAAAAGAUGGACUUGGAAGAGUGUGUUUUGAUCACUGACAGCACACUGAUACAACUUUCCAUACACUGUCCUAAGCUGCAAGCGUUGAGCUUAUCUCACUGUGAACUGAUCACUGAUGAUGGGAUUCUUCACCUGAGCAACAGCACAUGUGGGCACGAGAGGCUGCAGGUGCUGGAGCUUGAUAACUGUCUCCUCAUCACGGACGUGACUCUGGAACACCUGGAGAACUGCCACAACCUGGAGAGAAUUGAGCUGUACGACUGUCAGCAAGUCACACGAGCUGGAAUCAAACGGAUCAGAGCUCAUCUACCUCACGUGAAAGUUCAUGCUUACUUUGCUCCAGUAACUCCCCCUCCGUCGGUUGGAGGGAGUGGACAGCGCCUCUGCAGAUGCUGUAUUAUCCUCUGACAGUGAGUGCAGCCACACAGAAAAUGUUGAAGAAUGGGAUGGCAAGUCAGCGGAAGGAGUUGGUUUCCUGACAGUUCUUAAUGGUGGUGUUUGGUCAUCCAAUUUUGUGACAAGAAAAACGUUUUGUUUUUUUCCAGGUAAAAAUCUUGACGUAAUGUGCAGCUGUGGAUUAAGUUGGUGAUGCUUUGGUUUGUAUUAGUAACUCCUUCCUUCUGUUGGCAUGACAACUGCAGUACCAUGUCAAGGGUGUGGGCAUUGCAGCAUAGCAGCUACUUGGUGGAAGUUCAUGGAAUUUGGAAGUUAAUUUGCAUUUGUCAGCACUACUUGGUGUGAAGCUCUGCUGUAACAUGGGGCUCAAGGCUGCCACAUCAAGGAACUGAGCCUGCUGUUCUGUAAUAUACACCACAGAUCAAGUAUCAGGUUUAAGGACAAAUCAGCUUUAGCAGAUGUUGACCAAAAAAUACAAAGUAAUCAUAAGCUCUUACAGUGAAAAAGCAGCUUGUUCUUUUUUAUGAUUCAGCUUCAUAUUUAAUUAUGUAACAGGACAUAAUAGGUAAUGUCAAAAGGUAAGGUAGUACCUGAAGAUACCCACAGAACUAGAAAUACUUCCCAAGUAUUUUUUGGACUUGGUUCAGUUGAACUCUGCUCAUACAAAGCUCAGCUGACACACAUUCUGCCCGAUGCCAUUGGCCUUGAACGGGGUUAAGAAAUCCACUGUGGUAGAGCCUGUGCACUCUGCUGUACCUGCUGCUGCAGCCAUCCAUGGUGCUUUUGCUAACACCAUUCCCAUGUCCUCCGGGACCACUACGAGGUGGAAGGAAAGAAUGCAGCGCUUCCAGGAGGAAGGGUGUAGCACACGUGCUUUUCAAAUGAAUGGGAAACAGGUUCAGCUACAGAAAACAGGAUGGAGCAAGGAAUUCAGUUUGGCCCACCCAUUUUAGGGACAAGCAUAUGGGCUUAUCAGUCUGUAGGCAGGAGUUGAACCAUACCAAACCUGUGGUUUUCAAAUGUAGAAAGCCAAAAUCUUCACAUUGGUUAAGAAGCUGUCAACUUCUCAAUGAUAAUGAUAAAAAUCUAUGUAUUAACUCUUAAGGCCAUGCGUUUUUCAGUGCUAGAUGAUUAGGUAAACUUUUUUAUAUUAAGCAAUUAUCUGAGAGAAACUACUCGACAGUUCAGAAAGCUUUUUUUGUGUAAGUUUGAAUCUGUGUGUGUGUGUGUUUUAAGAGUUCAGGACCUGUGUUUACUGAAAAUUAAAAAGCAGUUGGAAAAGCUACUACUGGGACAGUACAGCCAUUUCCCCCCUGCAAAUUUUAAAUGACUUCUAAAAAGGAGUGAGCAUGAAUUUCUGUGGCCAGCAAUGGCUGGACUGUGUUCAUAACUCAGAGACGAUGGGGACAGUAAAUUAAGACCUCAGCUUUCAGAUUAAAUUACACCUUAGAGUAAAGUACAUAGAUUUCUUUACUUCGUCUUUACGACGAAGUAAGCGAAUCUGGGCUUCUUUUGCACAGUAGUGGAGUGGCUAUUACAAUCAUACUUAGAGUUCCAUUCAGACACUACUGAUCUAAAGAGAGUUUUAACCAGAUUUUAUUCUCAAUUGUACCAGGGCAGUCAUUGGUACCAAUAUGUCAAGAUGUGUUGCCUUUUGUUGGCUCUUUUUUUUUUAAGACCAUCAUAAACCUUGUAAGUCUAUGGCAUUGAAGAUGUACAAAAACAAAUGGGACCUACUCUGAUAUACGACACUUAAAUAAAAAAUCAGCUGAUGUCAAACUUGAA